AUGGGGAGCCAUCGAGUGAUUUUAAGCAGCUACUGGCCUGGUCAGAUUUGUGUGUUUAAAAGCCUGAUCUCUCAGAAGGGUGGAGGAUGUCCUGUGCAGGUGUGGGCAGAAGCCCCUGAAUUAGGGUCACAGGAGGACAACCCUUCCUACUGUCCCCCAGAGUGCUCGGGAGCUGAGGGCAGGCUAGCUCACAAGCUGUUCCGCGACCUCUUCGCCAACUACACAAGUGCCCUGAGACCUGUGGCAGACACAGACCAGGCUCUGAACGUGACCCUGGAGGUGACGCUGUCCCAGAUCAUCGACAUGGACGAGCGGAACCAGGUGCUGACCCUGUACCUGUGGAUCCGACAGGAGUGGACAGAUGCCUACCUACGAUGGGACCCGGAUGCCUAUGGUGGCCUGGAUGCCAUCCGCAUCCCCAGCAGUCUCGUGUGGAGACCAGACAUCGUACUCUAUAACAAGGCGGACGCGCAGCCGCCGGCCUCCGCCAGCACCAACGUGGUCCUGAGGCACGACGGCGCCGUGCGCUGGGACGCGCCGGCCAUCACGCGCAGCUCGUGCCGCGUGGACGUGUCGGCCUUCCCGUUCGACGCGCAGCGCUGCGGCCUGACGUUCGGUUCGUGGACGCACGGCGGCCACCAGCUGGACGUGCGCCCGCGCGGCGCCGGCGCCAGCCUGGCCGACUUCGUGGAGAACGUGGAGUGGCGCGUGCUGGGCAUGCCGGCGCGGCGGCGCGUGCUCACCUACGGCUGCUGCUCAGAGCCCUACCCCGACGUGACCUUCACGCUGCUGCUGCGCCGCCGCGCCGCCGCCUACGUGUGCAACCUGCUGCUGCCCUGCGUGCUCAUCUCGCUGCUCGCGCCGCUCGCCUUCCACCUGCCCGCCGACUCGGGCGAGAAGGUGUCGCUCGGCGUCACCGUGCUGCUGGCGCUCACCGUCUUCCAGCUGCUCCUGGCCGAGAGCAUGCCGCCGGCCGAGAGCGUGCCGCUCAUCGGGAAGUACUACAUGGCCACUAUGACCAUGGUCACCUUCUCCACAGCACUCACCAUCCUCAUCAUGAAUCUGCAUUACUGUGGUCCCAGUGCCCGCCCAGUGCCAGCCUGGGCUCGGGCCCUCCUGCUGGGACGCCUGGCACGGGGCCUGUGUGUGCGAGAACGAGGGGAGCCCUGCGGGCAGUCUAGGCCACCAGAGUCACCUCCCAGCCCCCAGCCUCCUGAGGGAGGGGCUGGCCUCCCAGCAAGCCCUUGCCGCGAGCCGCAGUGUCUGUGCCAUCAGGAAGCCCUGCUGCACCAUGUAGCCACCAUUGCCAACACCUUCCGUAGCCACCGGGCUGCCCAGCGCCGCCAUGAGGACUGGAAGCGCCUGGCCCGUGUGAUGGACCGCUUCUUCCUGGGCAUCUUCUUCUCCAUGGCCCUGGUCAUGAGCCUACUGGUGCUGGUGCAGGCCCUGUGAGUCUCAGGGGUCUGCUGCAGCCCCGGUACCUCCAGACAGGAACGGGAAGGCCAGGGGGUUAUUGGCCCUCAGAUGGGCCACCCAGUCUCUCCCCAUGCACCUAAGAGUCUGGGACACUUCUGGGAUCCUCUCUUCAGGAUCAGUGCUGAGUUCACAAACCAUGAGGGAGCACCUGUUGUCCACAUACCCUAACCUCUGAGGGAAAUUCAGAACUUGCUACUCCCCUAAUUCCUAAAGAGGAGGAACUCGAAGAAGGGUCAAGAUCCAAGCUCAGUCCUGGAGGCACAGAACUGUACUUGGAUGCUGAGCGUUAGAGGUUUCAGUGGGAAAGUGCAGGUUAUGUGAGAAACAGAACUGCCACAUUUCCUGUCUGCUCUUCUUUCCUCUUUUGCUGCUGUUACAGGCACUUGGUGUUGCCUGUCCCUGCCUGGGGGCUCGGG